AUGUCGACCACCCUGUCCACCGUGCCCACGCCCUCGGCGGCCACAUGCCACAAUGUCUACGAGAUCCCCGUCCAGGACAGCGCGUGCGCCAUGGCCUACUCGGACGACGCCGUCGACUACUUUGAGUCCUGCUGCAAGAGCGCCGACGUAUACUCGUACGGCGACGACUGCGGCCUCUACUGCGUGGCCAGCGGCCAGACGGUCGAGGAGCUCACGGCCUGCCUGAUCGACGAGGGCGCCCAGCACGGCCAGGUCUUCUGCUCUGGCAACACCACGGCCACGGCCACCGGCGAUGGCGAGCCUUACGCCAGCGCCACCGCGACUGUCAUCAGCGACAGCAGUGACAACAAUGACAAGAACGACGACAAGAACGGUGACAAGGACAGUGACAACAAAGAUGGUGGCGACAACAGCAACAGCGACGACGGCGACAACGACAACGCUGCUGUCAAGUCCAGCGUCAGCGUGUUUGGCGUUGUCAUGGGUGCCAUGCUCUUCUCUGGCAUGACCCUCGCCGCGUGGUAA